CCUGGGUGGCUUGUCUGCGUGCUGUUUACAGGGAUAUUUUAGACGUGGAAGAGCUCACAUAUUUACUGCCAGAGGUUGGACGACCUUGCCAUUUUUCAUAGAGGAGCAAAGCAGAUAGGGACAGAAGGAGAGAGCAGAAACCUUUUAGCAAACAAAAAGACGGUCUGAUUUCUCUUUGAAAGCAGGACAGAGGGGAAGAGACAGACUCUCCCUCAGAGGAGGAGCUGCUGUCCCGGGGCUGGUCCCUGCGCUACAGCGGCUCUCCCUGCAUGUUUCUGUUCAUCUCCUGCAGUGAUGAAGCCUCAAGGAGAAACUGCGGGCUGGGGUGAAGUUCGAGGACUCUGCCGAGGUUUCUGGUCCCCCUGUAAGGCACAGGCUGCCUGCUGGAAAGGGGGACUCUACUGAAGACCACAACCAGAUACAUACUGUUUCUCUUGCACUCGCUGGCUGAGUGUUCAUUUUGUUGGAUAAGUAGAAAGAACUUAUUUUUUUUAUACUUCUCCAGACCACUGCAAGAGGACCACCAAGAUGAGUCGAUGGCUCAAAUGCACCUCCUUGUAUUUUAAUACAGACUGGAAUAAGUAUGAUGACCGGCUGAUGAAGGCAGUGGAGAGGAGGGAGGUGGACAAGGUUGCAGCUGUGCUUGGCAAGAAGGGCAUCAUCCCCACCAAACUUGAUGUAGAAGGGCGAUCUGCGUUCCAUCUUGCUGCAACCAGAGGACAUCUGGACUGCCUGAAUCUCAUUCUCAAUCACGGCGUGGAUGUUACAGCCACAGAUGCCACAGGAAAAAAUGCCUUACACCUGUCAGCCAGAAACGGACAGUCACUGUGUGUUCAGAAACUACUCCAGCACAAUUGCCCAGUGGGAAAUGUGGAUCUGCAGGGAAGAACAGCUCUGCAUGAUGCUGUUAUGGCUGGCUGUUCCUCCAGUGUUAAGCUGCUUUGUGAUAGUGGGGCAUCAGUUAAUGCCAUUGACUUUGAUGGUCGAACCCCAUUGGUGCUUGCCACUCAAAUGUGUCAUCCACACAUCUGUCAGUUGCUGAUAGAGCGAGGAAGUGACAUCACAAUCAAAGACAAACAGAAUAAGUCGGCACUGAUUUUGGGUUGUGAGUUUGGUUGUAAGGAUGCUGUGGAAGUUUUGUUGAAAAAUGGUGCUGAUGUCACUGCUGUGGACUGUUUCAACCAUGACAGUUAUCACUAUGCACGACUCAGCAAAAACCAGGAGCUUGUCUCUCUUGUCAGGAGUUACCUGGACACUGCCAAUAAAGCAAAAGAGGCUGCCAAGAAGGAACAGAGAAAGCGACAGUUGUCAGCUGUGGAGAUGGUCUCUCAAUCGUCCAACCAAGAAAAGAUCAUACAUGACUUGGAGAAGCAGAAUGAGAAUCAGCAGGAGACCCUAAAGAAGUUCCAUCAGGAGCAGAGAACACUGCUAGAUAAAGUUAGCAAGCUUCAGCGCCAGCUAAGCCAGGAAAAGACAACAGUGGAGGGCAUUAGCAAAGAGAAGGAACAACUGAAGCUUCUACUCUCUUCCAAAGAAAAGGAGGAAGGAGCCAAAGCCACAGAUACUGUAAGAGUCCAGCAGCGGAGCCCUUUGGGGGAUUACCCUGGACAGUCCGUGAUCAAAGGAAAAGAACAUUUACUCGUUCGACAGUCACACAGUUUGGACUCCGCUCAGAUCUUGCAGCCAGUACAGUCUCGAUCUGUAGCUCGACCCUUGGAGCUGUCUCAACCAGUAUCCGACGACCCAGAGACGUUACGUCAAGAGCUUGAAAGUGUUCGCAGACAGCAAGAGGCUGCACAGAAGGAGGUGGGCCGCCUCCAGAAGACUCUAUCAAACAAGUCAAAGGAGUGCGAGGAACUGACGAAGAAGUGCGAGACAAUCAAGCGCGAGUCAGACCAGCAGGUGCAUGAAUUGGAAGAAGCAAUGGGAGAUGUGCAGAAACGGAUGUUGGACUCCGAGGCAAAGAUGAAGCAGCUUCAGGCUCAUGUGGUGGCAGUAAAGGAGCAUCUAAAUAAUCAAGCUGUUGAUGAACUCAAAGCACAGCUCAAUGAGGUCAAGGCGAAGUAUGAGGGAGCUUCUUCUGAGGUAGGACGGGUCAGGAACCAUCUAAAGCAGAGUGAGAAAGCCUUGGAGGAGUAUAAGAAAAGUGAAGGGCUAUUGGCCGUGGAGGUUGAGAGGCUAACUGCAGAGCUAAGUGCACUGAAACAGGAACAUAAGGACAAGGAAGAGACUCGACUAAAAAUGGAAAGUCAGGUGAAAACCGCAGAAGCCAGGCUGACCUCAAUGGUUCCAGGAGAAAAGUUUGACAACAUGAAGAACCUUCUCACCAAUGCGGUGGAUGAGAAGGAGCUGCAGUUGGCAGAGUUGAGGGAAGAUUAUGACCGUGUACUGGAAGAAGUGGCAGAGCUCCACCGCGCAAUGGACGACCGGAAAACUGUCCCCCUGCAAGAGCAUGAACGAGUCUGCGCUUCUUUGGAGGAGCAAAGCUCAGCCCUGAAGACCAAACUUGCGGAUGUCACUGCGAAGUGUCAAUCAUUAAUCUGUGAGUUGGAGGAAAGCGAGGAUGAGAGAGAGCUGCUUAGAGAGGAGCUGCAGGUUCUCAGUGACAAUCUGAAGACCAAGUUUGUGACCUUGGAAAACCAUGAGGAGGUAAAGAGGUCUAUGGGUCUGGCUGUGGAGGAGUUGCAGGUCAGGUUGACAGAAGAGAUGGAAAAGAACAAACGAGCAGAUGAGCAACUGCGGCGGCUGCAGGAGGAGAAGUCGUCUCUCCGCGAAGACGUUUCCAACCUGAGGAGCACGCACAUCCCCUGUGAACAGCAUGAGAGUGAGAUGGCUGCACUAUUGGCGCGUAAUGCAGAACUGGAGAGUGAAUUGAAGAGCAUUUGUGAUCAAUACCAGGAGAAAGAAAAUGAACUUGAGAUUGUGGCGGCUGAAAAUGCAUCUUUGAAGGAAAGCUUUGACUUGGAGUUUGUCACAAAGGGAGAGUAUGAGAGAGUCCAGGCAGAGUUGAGGGAAUCGUUGGAGAAAGCAAAGAUCGAAACUGCAAAGUUGGAGGAAGAUUGUAGAGCUCGAGAUGAGGAGAUGCAGAAGGUGAGAGAAGGAAACGCUAAGUUGAAAAAGGAGUUUGAGAAUGUGCAAGCAAAGCUAGAAAAAGACUAUAUCAGCCUUGUGGAACAUGAGGUAUUCAAAAGCAAAAUGAACGAUGCUUUAUCGGAAGCGGAGAGUAGAGCUAAAGAUUCCUACUUAAAGUACCAGUCUUCCCAAGAGAGUGCCUCAAAGCUCCAAGAGGAAAUGGAAGCGCAAAAGAAAGAGUUGGAUACUAUUCAAGAGGCUUUUAAGUCGAAGUUUGUGCCGUUGGCUGCACUAGAGGAAAAAGAGAUGAACUAUAACAUCACUUUGAAGGGCGUGAACGAUAAACUUGCUACAAUGCAGGACAUGUACAACAAUGAAAAGACCAAAGGGGAAUUUCAGGUGCAAGAGAUUGAGAAAUUGAGUAAUGAGAUGGCGACUCUGCAGCAGAAACUUCAAACAGGACUUGUGUCCAAUGAGAAGUUCAAAGAAGUAGAGGAUCGAUACAAGGGCCAGGUGGAGGAGCUUAGUUUGAAGUUGGUGGAAUUGGAGCAGCAAUAUAAAGAGGUUACCAUCCAGCGAGCAGAGCUAGAAGAACAAAAUUCUUUGUGCAACAUGGAGAUCUCCAGCUUCCAGAACAGACUAAACAGUGAGUAUAUCCAUCUGGAGCAGUUUGAGGCUAUGCAGAGCUCUCUGAACAAGAGCCUGCAGGAGGCACAACAGGAAUGUGAGCGCUUAAGUGAAUCUCGCAGACUGGAGGUCCAGCGUGUUCAAGAGCUAGAACAGCAGCUCCAGAGUCACAGCCGUGAUGAUGGCCUAAAGGCCCAAUACAUCCAAGCUAAGGAGGCUCUGGAGCUCGAGUCCAAUGAGCUUCGCUUAGCAUUGCGGGAAGAGGAGGAAACCAGUGCGCAGAGGGCUGAGGACGUAGCCACUUUGCAGAAUGAGCUCCUUAGAGCCACUCAUGACCUCCGCAGCUACGAAGAACAAGUGAACGAGCUCAGAGCUGAAAAGGACAGGCUGGAAGUAGUGGUUCGUGAACUUGGUGAAAGGCUAUCAGGGCUAGAAGAGCAGUACGAAGAUCUGUACAGGCAAACGACCCAGGCCAGAGAAGGUGAGGAGAGGGCGAGAGCAGAAACCGAGGCUUUGCAGGUAAAGAGCGCCUCCAUUGAGAAGGAAAUCAGAGAUCUGAAGGAGCGCUAUGAAGAAUCACUGGGAACCAUUGGAGAACUCCAAAAGAGGAUUCAGAUGUCCUCAGAGCAGACCGAGCUCAAAGACAGAAGGAUCACAGAGCUGUUGAUGGAUGUUGAAAGGCUGAAACAGGCUCUGAAUGGCUUAUCCCAGCUGGCUUAUGCUGGCAACACGCCCAACAAAAGACAGACCCAACACAUCGACACACUCCAAGCCCAGGUCAAGAGCCUCCAGCAGCAGCUGGCUGAUGCUGAGAGGCAACACAGAGAAGUGGUUUCAAUUUAUCGAACUCAUCUUCUCAGUGCAGCACAGGGUCACAUGGAUGAAGAUGUCCAAGCUGCCUUACUGCAGAUCAUCCGAAUGAGACAGGGAUUUGUGUGUUGAACUGAAUGCACUGAGACUACACUGACUCCAAUUCAUCAUUCACACAGUAACCUUCUGUUCAGCUCAGGAGUACUUCAGUCACAUUUGCAGUGUCCCGAUUCGAUUCAGUGCUGUGUGCAUCGAAACUCUUCCAAAGACAAACAAAAUGUCAUUUUGAUAUGGGUAAACUGGGUAAAACAAGGCAUGGGGUUUCUCAUUGUUGAUGAUAAUAACGUAUUGAAUUACCAAUGUCUGCUAUAGCAAUGUACUGUAGAGUGGUCUGAGUGUUCUGACUGUAGGCUGAAGAGAGUUUAAGUGACACUCCUCUAUAUACUGCAGGUGUAAACUUGCACAUUCAGUGAUGGAGACCCAUUUACUUGUAUUUCAUGUUGAAAUAACCGAGCUGCAGUCUUCUGAAGAAGAACAUUUCCUUCACUCUUACAGCCUCCCCUGUUUAACCUGAGCUACGUGUGCAUUGUAUUAAUAAGGGACAUUUCCAUUUGAAGGUUUCACAUAUAAAAAUGACCAUCUUUACCGUUUCGUUUUAGCUCGGGGAAAUUUCAAGGAAUAGUUUACCCAAAAAUGAAAACCCUUGUCAUUACCUUCAUGUUGUUCCAAACCUGUAUGAUUGUCGUUUUCUGUGGAACACAAAAUAGAAGAUAUUCUGGCUAGUCAUACUUUUCGCUCGAAUAAAAGUAAAUGAGGACCAGUGCCUCAUAGUUGUCCAUACUACUGGUUCACUUUAGCCGUAAAAUAGAUUUGAGUGACAAGCAGGCCAAAAUUUAAGUUGUUACAUUCGAAUCAUCUUCCAGUUUAGCGGCCUCUUAUGUGACUGGAUCACUGAGUUGGAUUCAUUGUAGUUUUGUAUACUGGGUUAGUUGAUUUAUUGAAAAGAUGAAGAAGUUACUUAUGAAAUCUGAUACUGGAGCUCUGAAAUGUAGGUCUGUUCAUUACACAGAGCUUUAGAAAACUUGGAAAUAUAACGCAUUACUUAAACAUGCGUUACAUUCAGUAUGACAUGACAUACUUCCCAGUUUGGAUUUUGAAAGCUUGAUGACUUUCUUUAAACCAGCAACACUUUCUAUAUUCUUAAAAAAUCAUCUUUGUAUCCCAAGGAGAAAUGUCAUAUGGGUUUGGAAGAGGAUGAAUAUGGUUAAAAGAUGGGUACAAUUUUUGGCUGAACUAUUUCUUUAUGGCUUUUUUGGACUGCUGGGCACAUGGGCAGUUCCUGGGCCAAAUAAGUUUUAUUAAAUGUCAGGACUUCUUUGCAUAGUGAUAAAAUGAGUUAAAUAGUGUGCAUUAUAUAACACUAACGUUCAUUACAUGGAUGUAAUAUGCACAUGUAGAGUACUUACCUUAGUUAAUCUAUUUUGAGAAAGGUCCCACAAUUUUUAUGGUCCAAAGUCAUUGUGAAAGAUCAUAAGAAACCGUUACUGCUUUUUUAAAUCCUACAUUUACCUACAUAUUGUGUUCUAACACAGUUUUACUUGGUGUCCAUACACAUGAUGUCUUUCAGAUGUAUUUGAGUCAGUGAGUGCCUAUUGGGUUGGUUUUCUGUUAUCGCUUUGCUUCUGCAGUGAAAACGACAAAAAUAUCAACUGCACUGGCAAAACGGUUAACAUCGACAGCAAUGAGAGAGCGUUAAGAAAGUCUUCAUUGUUUUAUAUCCUGGCUGAUAUUGCCAUCUAGUGGUGUGACUUGGCUGGCCAAGGUUGAUGUGUGGUUUUGUGUAGGAGAAUGUGAUGCAUUUAAAUGAUCUUUCAAAUUUUUUUUCAUGACUUUGUACUACAUUGAGGUAUCUUACAAAAUUCAGCAGGACUGGAGCAGAGUGGCACAAUAAAAUUUGUUCAAGUUUCAGAACACGACUAUAGGCCGACUUUAUAUUAUAUUUUUGUAGAUCUGAUUUUUUUUUCUUUUCCUUAUCUAAACUUUUCAUUUUAAGAUAACACUUGUAUUCUUUUGAGUUCCUAAUCGGAGAUUCUCAAUAGCACUUGCUUAACAUCCAACCACAUGGCAUUGCCAGUAUUGAGUUUGAUUUGGUAACUGAUGAUAUCGGUUCUCUUUGUCUGGGACAACUAAUUGUUAUGGUUUUAUUAUUUAUUAGUAUUACAUUCUAACUGUGCUCUUAUGAUUAUCAGUUAGUUUGUGUUUUUCCUUGUUGUUUUGCAAACUUUUGAGUCUAACAUCAAUAAAAAUUUCCUCUUUCAGA